ACACCCUCUAUCGCCUGGGGGUAGUGCUAGGCCUACCACGAGGAAUAGACGGCUUGUGGAGAAGCCCGAGUUCUCUUUCUUUUCUUUUUCUCUAUGGCCAUGGUUAUAAUCUCUGUUUGUGGGUGUAUCACCCCGUCCACUCUAAUUCAACUGGGGGCGUGUGAUAUCUCAGUAUCCAUGCCAUACCAUGCCAUGCCCUUGCUGUGUCAUGGCCAUGAGCCAUGAGGAGGAGGAGAAGGAGGAUAUAAUAUCUGGGGACAACUCCCUCUCAGACUCAUCUCUCGACUGACGAACUCUGCUUCAUUACAACAUCUCAUUCCUCUACUCAUCUGCUACUCUACCAAUUUCGACAUAUACAGCAGUAACACGAAGCAUUGUCGACAUUUCUCAAGACUCUGUCUAUUCCAUAAUCAAUCUCACCCUUCUUAGAGGUGUCUCUUACUACUACUUCAACUGUAGUACCUCAUACUCCUCACAAUGGCUCUGUCAUAUCAACAAACCAGGCUCAUCCGGGGCACCAUCCCCGCCCUCACCGACCACGGAGAGCGCAUCACCACCAUCUUCUACCGCAACAUGCUCCGUGAUCACCCCGAGCUCAACGACUACUUCAACACCGUCAACCAGGCCAACGGUCGCCAGCCUCGUGCCCUUACCGCCGUCAUCCUCAGCUACGCCAAUAACAUCAACCACAUCACAGAGCUCAUCCCCAAGAUGGAGCGCAUGUGCCACAAGCAUUGCUCCCUGGGCAUCAAGCCAGAGCAUUAUGCCAUCGUCGAGAAGUAUCUCAUCGCUGCCUUCGCAGAAGUCCUCGGUCCUGCCAUGACACCCCAGGUCAGAGAGGCUUGGAUGAAGGCAUACUGGAUGCUUGCCAAGAUGCUCAUCGGUCGUGAGGCUCAGCUCUAUCGUGACUUUGGCAAGUGGCAGGGCUACCGUAAGUUCCGUAUCGAGAAGAAGGUUGAGGAGUCUGAUGAUAUCUACUCCUUCUACCUCGUUCCUGUCGACGGAAAGCGUCUUCCUCCCUUUCAGCCCGGUCAGUAUGUUUCUGUUCAGGUACCCAUCGCCGACAAGGGCUAUGUCCAGUCUCGCCAGUACUCCCUGAGCGAGGCUCCUCGACCUGACUACUACCGCGUUACCGUCAAGCGAGACGAGGGACUUCACAUGACCCGCAGCGGUCGAUAUCUCGGAGGCGAUGCCCUCAACCCCGGUGUUGUCUCCAACCUCCUUAUCGACAUGAAGGACGAGGGUGAUAUCGUUGAGUUGACUCACCCUGCUGGCGAGUUCUACCUCGACAUGUCCAACACGUCCAACGUUCCCAUCGUCCUCAUCUCUGCCGGUGUCGGUGUCACUCCCAUGAUGUCCAUCCUCAACACCGUUUCCGAGCGCCAGCCUCAUCGUCCCGUCUCCUGGAUCCACGGCUCCCGCCGCUCCGUUCCCUUCUACGACCAAGUCCGCCGUAUCGCCCGUAACCGCCCCAGCUUCCGCACCAAUAUCUUCAAGACCCAUCUCGCCGAGUCCGAUGUCUACGGCGUAACCUACGACCACGACUUCCGCAUGGACCUUGCCAAGGUCGACAAGGAAGACCUCUACCUUUGCAACAGCUCUACCGAGUACUACAUUUGCGGCCCUGAGCAGUUCAUGCUCGAGAUGGCUGAGUAUCUCAAGGCUCAAAAGGUCGAUGCCCCUCGCAUGCAUUUUGAGCUCUUCAGCACUGGUGACAUGGAGUUCAAGGUCGAUACCCUGAGCAUCGGCUCUGCGUCAAGGGCAACUUCCAUAAACAGCGACGAGGCCAGAUGCCCUAGCUCUGGAGCCAUCUCUACGAAUGGUGCUACUUGCCCCUUCUCAUGAGUUUGGACCAUAUUUAAGCUGAACGAACAAAAACAUAAAACUAUUUACGGGGCAUCUCUCGGUCAUGGGCUAGAUUACGGGAAGUGAUGAGGCGUUACGGAUCCGGCGCAUAUCUUAUUCUUUAUUGUUGUAUCUCUUGUUACAAGAUUCCCUUUGAUGACAAAUAUUCUCACUGUCAAACCAUAAUACAUGUUCAUGUUCUACUUCUACACUACAAGGUUAGGGGGUUUCGACGACACAUUGGGCUUACCUGAAUGAAACGGCGGGAAGGAAAAGUGCGAGAUUUGGGCUGGGAUUGGGAGGUGUCUAGAAAGCGAAAAGAGAAAUCAACAGAAUUUCAUUGUUCUACCUGAAUAAACAAACAUGCUAAAACAUGAUA